GUAUGCAGUACUCUAGAUGAGGCCUGACAUAUGUUGCAUAGGGGACUUGGAACAUACCCUCGUCUAAUCGUUUGAAAGCUCUUCGAAGUGCCCAUAGCAUUCGAAAAGCCUUAGCUGCGGCUCGAUUACAGUUUACCGUUGUUUUUAAGUCAUGGCUAACAAUAAUUCCUAAAUCCUUUUGUUCCCUAACAUCUGGCAGUUCUGUGUCCCCAAUGGAGUACGACGUGUAAGACUUCUGACCUAGGUGCAUUACCGCGCUUUUCUUGGAAUUAAUUUCCAGACUCCAAAGGUUAGCCCAUUCGGUUAAUUUGUCUAGAUCGUUUUGUAGUACCAACUUAUCAUCGCUACUAUUUACGGUUUUUGCAUAUCUUAAUAUCGUCCGCAAAUAGUAAGGAAGAUGAGGUAAGAAUUUUUGGCACUUCAUUUACGUAUAAUAAGAAUAGCAGGGGGCCAAGUACCGUUCCCUGAGGUACUCCACUUAGUAGUGCUUUCCACCCUGACAGUACACCAUUAACCCUUACCUUUUGCCUCCUAUCCAUCAGGUAGUCACUAAACUACUCGCAUAAGCGUUGGUCUAAUCCAAAAUGUUUAAGUUUACUAAAAAGACCUAAGUGGGAUACCUUAUCGAAUGCUUUACUAAGAUCGAUAAAUACGACGUCCAGUAGAUGGUUUUUAUCCCUGGUCUCGACCCAAUCUUCCCUAGCUAACAGUAAGUUUGUCAAGCAGGAUCGUCCUGGUCGGAAUUCAUGCUGUUCCACUGCCAGUAAGCCAUGUUGCAGAAAACACCUUAGACUCCGUUACAUAUAUUGUUUGAAAGUGCAUAUUCACUACGUAUUAGUCGAAGUGCAUACAACAUAAAUGUACUUCAAAUCCUUCUCAUGACACAUGUAAGCUAGCGCAUUUCCAGUCCUCAUAAGUGCUUGGAUAUGUCAUUCAGUGUAAAUCAAGAAAUUCUUCAUUUGUUAUUUGAAAGGCUUCAGUAGAAACUCGAAAGUUCAUGAUUUUACUGCUGGUCAAUUAAAUGUGGUCUAUGAGAAGCAUCCUGGAAAGACGAAAAAGUAGGAAUGAGUUUGGGAAGCCAUACACUAAGAAGACAUCCAACAGUUCCUGUUAUAGAGUUUAACCUACACAACUGUCAUCGCUUUUUCUGGGAUGUUUAUUUGAAGUGCCUAGAAAAAAGAGUGACUAUGCUCUGCAUGAACGAUGAUUCUCGGAAUUAAUUCAGUGUGUAGUGUGAAUUUACGUGAUUCACUUCUUCGUCAUACGUGUUUGUAAGUGACGUUCCAAGUUGCGGAAGUUAGACUUGUUGGCUGUAUCUAUUUUGCGUCCAACCUUUUUAGAUGAUAGUGUGCCUGAGAACUGCGCCAAGUUUGCAGCUACAGUCAAUCGUAUAUCCAGUGAUUUUGUGCAAACUAUAGAUGACAGUGCUGGAUUUCUUUAAAGUCCCUUGAAAGGUGAACUUCACGCCUACUUCAGGUUUUAGAAUUGUCACUUUCAGUUUUGAUUUCGAAUAACUUUGUAGGCUGUUCACCAUUUUGACUGUCUAUAAAUAAUGAGAAAAUUCUCACAAUUAUUCCUACUGGUUAGAAACCGUUUUUAUAGUUGUGUCAAUGGAAGAAUAAUCGGAUUUAGGGCUUCAGAAUUAGUUGAGAUUAAUAAUAUACAGUGAUAUUGGUACCUUGGGAUUCGGGAGAUAAUGUCUGCUGUUGACUACAACCAACUUUGUUGGCAUCUACUUCUAAUUCGGUGAAGUGUUUGAUAAACUCCUCAUCAGACUUCCUGCAUUACCGGAAAGGUGUCGUAAACACUGAAAAUGGGUCUUUUACUAGGUGGUUAUUUUUCGGGCAAGAAGUUGUCUAAAGUUUAAAACUUGUGAGUUUCCACAGGUCUCUGGGAGGAGUGUGACAUCCAAAGUAUCUCGACUCACUGUACUCAUGAAUUAGAUGGGGACAAACUGUUAACCAUCCCUACCGUGCAUCCACAGACUCUGAAGGGCUGUUGUAUGGCUGUUGUACAUCCUCCAACCGACGUGUUUGAGAUGGUGACCCACACUGUCACCUUCGUUGAAAUGAGUUACAACAACAUUUGAACGGAGUUGAAUGCUGAGAAAGUAAGUUUUUUUUUGAAAUGAAAAAAUACAGCCAUGUAACUUGGCUUAUGGAAGGUGGAUGUCAGAAAAUUAGUGUAGCAUGCGUAUUCUUAAACUUCUGGGUAGUUUAUUUUUCCAAUAGAGAAGUGAGGGAAACCGAACCCUUGCCACUACUUAGUAGUAAUUUCAGUUUUUACAGUGGCAUCAGAGUUCUUCAAGAUUUUGAUUCUCGAUAUAAGUCAUGUGUAGGUCGGGUGUAAAACAGUCGGCUACGAUGCUUAUUAUUCAGCGAUUGACAACACUGUUGAUGACAUUGUUCACAGUCGUUGGUACUGGAUAUGUAUUCAGUCCCGGUUAUCUUAAAGAAUUUGCCAAUCCGCACUAGUCUUAAACAAAUUAUUUCUCCAUGCAUGUUUGUCUUCAAUAAAGUUUCAAUAUGUAUAUAUAUAUAUAUAUAUUUCUCCAGUUGUAUGCGUUUUGCUCUGUUGUUGUAUGGCCACUUUAACCGUAUCACUUCUGUGCCAGUUUCAAGCAGUUAGAUAGUACGUGUCGAAAUGCCUCUUGAUUAAUUUUGAAUAUUUAUUGCAAGCUAGCUCUGUAUUAGUGUCUUUCAGUUUGCUUGCUCUAAAGAAUUACACGCAUUCUGCUUUACACGAAAUUUAUGGCAUGUGUCUUACCUUACAGAGUCCUAAUUUCCCAUAUUUCUUUACACAGAUUUUUACACAGCAUAUACAACAUUUUUGGUCGUUUAUGAUGUCAAUAUGUUAAUUUUAUCAUCCUGAGAUUCGCUUUUUCCUGUGUGUAGUUCAACACUCUUAUGGAGGCGUUGUCGGAAGGGAAUGAGUUAUUAUCUGAAAGUGAUUUUAGUCUGUCUGAGUCAGUUAAAUCCUAUCCAACUUUUGUUUCAAUGGGAUUAAAGGAUAAUCUGUUAAAGGGAAUCUAUGCCUAUGGAUUUGAAAAACCAUCACUUAUUCAACAAAAAACUAUCAAACAAAUAAUCGAUGGAAGAGAUGUGAUUGCACAAGCUCAAAGUGGAACUGGAAAGACAGCAACAUUUAGCAUAGGAACUUUACAAAAUGUUCAGCCUGAGAUUUGUCAAAUUCAAGUUCUAAUUUUGGCGCCUACACGUGAAUUAGCUGUUCAAAUACAUCAUGUUAUAUCAUCGUUGUCUGAUUACCUAUCUGUCAGAUGUAUAGCAUGUUGUGGUGGACGAAACAACACAAUGCAAAUGGCUCGUGAACUGGAUAAAGGUGUUCAUCAUAUUGUAGUUGGAACACCAGGUCGAGUGUUAGAGCUUGUUCGACAGGGUAAUUUACGCUUACACAAACUUCGUUCUUUAGUCUUGGAUGAAGCUGAUGAAAUGUUGAACAGAGGUUUACGUGACCAGUUAGAAGAAAUAUAUCGUCGACUUCCAUCUCAUAUUGGCUUGGAUAAUACUAAUAGAAGGAAAUCUCUUCACUGUCAGGUAGUGAUUGUUUCAGCCACUAUGCCUAAAGAACAUUUGGAAUUGUUUCAAAAUUUCACAUGCAAUCCUGUUCGAAUUCUUGUACCAAGAGAUGAGUUAAGCCUUUCUGGUCUACAACAAUUCUAUAUUGAUGUUGGCUCAGAAGAAUGGAAAUUUGAGGCGUUAAGUGAUCUUUUCUCUAGUGUUUGUGUUUCACAAACUGUUGUUUUUGUAAAUACACGACGAAAAGUUGACUGGCUUGCUAGCCAAUUGAAUCGAGAAGGUUUCACCGUCGCCUGUGCUCAUGGUGAUCUGGAUCAAGUUCAACGAGAAUCAGUUAUGAAACAGUUUCGUUCAGGAGAAUGUCGUAUUCUAAUCAGCAGUGAUAUGUGGGCUCGAGGCAUUGACGUGCAAACAGUAGGAUUAGUUGUAAACUUCGACUUGCCAAUAAACACCAGUGAAUAUCUGCAUCGUAUCGGUCGUUCUGGUCGUUUUGGACGGACUGGACUAGCUGUUAGUUUUAUCGCCGGUGGAGAAGAUCGUAAACAACUAUUGGAGAUUUGUAAUUAUUAUCAAAUCGCCAUCCCACCAGCCCCAGCACGUUUGGAUAAAAUGUUAGUUACAAGCCGCUCUGUUCAUCAUCAAAGCUGCUCGUCUAAAGCAUUAGACGACCAGGCAACAGGUUCCCUUCAUCAUCAAAUCGCCAGCACUAUGAUAUGCGAGGCGAAGAAGAAGAAGAAGAAGAGGAGAACAAAGAAGAGGAACAGGAAGAAGAAGAAGCAGAAAGGAGAAAAGAAGCUCUUAAACAUUGUCAAAUAAAUUCUAUUGUAUUUAUUCCCCCUUUGUAUAGAUUAUUCUUCGGAUAUCUCCCUUUUUCUCUGUAAAUUUGCAUAUUCAUACACUAUGUAACCAUAAUAAACUGGAUGAUGAUGAUAAAAUGAAAG